UUACGUAAUGUUGAUAUUGAGUAGUACCAUACAUAACCUCAACAUUAUGAUACUUACAAACAUCGCUAAACAAGUAGUGCGAACGAUGUCGACAUUUCGCUUGGCGUUGGUACAACUUGAAGUAAAUGAAGUAAAACGCAAAAAUGUAGAGCGGGCAGUUUCCUACAUUUCUAGCGCAAAAGAGCGCAAUGCUGAUAUUAUAGCUCUUCCUGAAUGCUUUAAUUCACCAUAUGGAAUACAGUACUUUCGAAAAUACGCCAAGAGUAUUCCUGAUGGUGAAACGAGCGUUGCUUUAUCGAAUGCAGCUAAAGAAAACAACAUCUAUGUAGUUGGUGGUACGAUGCCUGAAAUAGAGGGCGAUAAAUUGUACAAUACCUGUACUAUUUGGGGUCCCGAUGGAACUUUGAUAGCAAAACACCGAAAGGUACAUCUAUUCGACAUCGACAUUCCUAAUAAGAUUACUUUUCGAGAGAGUGAUUCACUCAGUCCUGGUAACUCCCUAACGACGUUCGAUGUGAAGGGCUGCAAAAUAGGUAUUGGCAUAUGCUAUGAUAUUAGAUUCGAGGAAAUGGCACGCAUUUAUCGGAACAAAGGUUGCCAAAUGCUGAUAUAUCCAGCGGCAUUCAAUAUGACCACUGGACCACUGCACUGGUCAUUACUUCAGCGUUCCAGAGCGAAUGAUAAUCAAUUAUACGUUGCUUGCAUAUCACCGGCUCGUGUUCCUUCAGCAAGUUACGUCGCAUGGGGACAUACACAGUUGACCAAUCCCUGGGGAAAGAUUCUUUACGAUUUGGAAACUCAAGAGAAUAUGGCAGUCACCGAUAUCGCAUCUGAAAAACAAGACAUCUUCGAGACAGCGUGGGUUUUCUUUCCAACUUUCUUAACUUUCAACAAUAAAAUUUUCGUCAAACGAUACAAUCUAUCCAACAAAGUUCUUGUAGACAGCCAAUCUCGUAAGAACAUAGAUCUUCUUCAAGUAUUAUUCUUCACAAUGCUUCGUGUGGAAUUUCUACUUGACGAGUUAUUAUUAAACGAUUAAAAGCUUAUUAUUAUACGAUAAUGUAAUAUCGUAGAAUAGCUUUGAUUGGAGAUCGGCUGAAAUUAGAAAACACCGUGUACGCCGUCUUUUUGUGGUUUGUUUACAUCCAAGAGCGCCUAGUAACAGUGACGCGAGAAAAGAUAAGCAGCGUCAAAACAGAAGUACGGUUUCAUAUUUCAAGGAGUGGCAAUCGAGAGGCCAGAGUAUGUGAGCCGAAAAGUGUGUGUGUGUGUGUGUGUGUGUGUGUGUGUGUGUGCGUGCGUGUGUGUGCGUGCAGGACCGAGCAGGAAUGCAUUGGCGAGGUUCAGAGUUGAUCGAGACGUCGAAACAUAGAGUCGUUAGAAUUGAGUUGCGAGUGUUGUCGAGUGUUAGAGUUGCUAGUGAGAGAGAGAGAGAGAGAGAGAGAGAGAGAGAG